AUGUCAUCGAGUUCAAAUGUUCCUUUUCCGACGAGAUCCCCGUCCACCCUGAACGAAGCAACACCAACUCCAUUUCAACCGGAUCUUAAUAUCAGAUUGAUCUGUCCUGAUUGUAAGAAUCCAAAUCCUAAAAUCAUCGAAGAAUACGCAAGUGGAGAUAUGGUGUGUGGUGAAUGUGGACUUGUUCUCGGCGGUCGAAUUAUCGAUAUGAGAUCUGAAUGGCGUACCUUUAACAGUGACGAAAACGAAAAGGACCCUUCACGUGUCGGUGCGGCAUCCGACCCCACUGACGCCUCGGCUUUGGAUACGGUGAUUUCGUGGAAGGGAAAUACGGAUAAUAACGCCCUCAGUCGCGCUCAUUUCAAGGCGACUGUCAACAAAGAAACUGCUUGUCUAAAGUAUGCCCUUCAAGAGAUCGAAACCAUUUGUCACGCCAUGGAUCUGUCCCCAGAACUCAUUGAAACAACCAAGCAACUGUACAAACGUUCCGCCGAAGAAAAAGUGUUGAGAGGAAAAAACAAACUUGUCAUCCACGCGGCGUGCAUUUACCUCGCAUGUCGAACGAUGAACGUUGGAAGAACAUUGAAGGAAAUCAUCGCCGUCACACAGGUCUCGAAAGGUCAUCUAAGUCGUGCAAUCAAGAUGCUGGUUUCAACUUUCGACUUGAAUUUAAAGCAGAUGACUUCCGAAGACUUGAUGGCAAGAUUCUGUAAUAGACUAAACAUUCCGCAAGAUGUUACCGGCAUAUGCAUAAAAGUCAGUCAACGAAUCGAACAACUGGGUUUGCUGACAGGUAGAACUCAAAAUACUGUUGCCGCAGCUGUCAUCCUUUUUGUCACCGGUAUGUUGAAACGUAAUAUGCUAAUCGAUAAGAUCGCCGAUGUUUCGGGGAUGGCCACGCCUUCAAUCAAGGGUGUAGCUCGAAUUAUUGAGGGCGAGAAAGAAAAACUUCAGGAUUUAUUUAAUGAGGUUGAGAGUGAAAAGUUGUCGGGCAUCCUUUCUGAAGCAGAAAUGCAAUGA